CGUUCUGUUACACACUGUAUACGUGAAACCACUCGGCCAGCCGCCACUAGGUGCCGUCUGCUCCUGCCGAAGACCUCUGCGCGAGAUUUCUUCUGCGUCGCCGACAUGUCGCCGUCUGUUCGCGUUGCUCAACUGUAGCCGUCAGACAUCAUCGUCCAGUCUAAGCAGAUUACGAGGGACGUCGCGAGAAGAAUGGCUUUCUUCGAGAGGUUAUGAACACCGGGAGUGACUCGUCAGUAAGAAACGGAAAAGCAAGCACGACGAAAGUUCACCCUAGAUAGAGAGAGAUACAAAGACGGAAAGGCGCAGCAAAGCCAACUACAUGUCCGUUUUUCUACGAAACGUCGCCGUUGCGAAAUCGUGUCACCUACCUGAAGUGAGCAGUGUCAGAGGCGGAACCGGUACUACUACACGCCGCUGAUGGAAAAGUACGAGAAGAUAUCCAAGAUUGGAGAAGGCUCGUACGGAGUGGUAUUCAAGUGUCGGGUUCGGGACACCGGUCAACUGGUGGCUGUCAAGAAAUACGUCGAAACAGAGGACGACCCACUCAUCAAGAAGAUCGCGCUGCGGGAGAUCCGCAUGCUCAAGCAACUGAAGCACCCGAAUCUUGUGAACUUGAUCGAGGUGUUCCGGCGGAAGCGGAAGCUUCACUUGGUUUUCGAAUACUGCGAUCACACCGUGCUAGACUUCCUGGACAAGCAUCCAAAAGGCGUUCCAGACGUGCUCACGAAGAGGAUGGUGUUCCAGACACUACAAGCUAUCAACUUCUGCCAUUCGCAUAACUGCAUUCACAGGGACGUCAAGCCGGAGAACAUCUUGCUCACCAAGGAGGGCGUUGUCAAGCUUUGUGACUUCGGCUUUGCUAGGACACUGAGUCCCGGCGAGAACUACACGGACUACGUCGCCACGCGCUGGUAUCGGGCGCCCGAGCUGCUGGUGGGCGACACGCAGUACGGCCCACCCGUCGACGUCUGGGCGGUUGGCUGCGUGGCCGCCGAGCUGAUGCGCGGCGAGGCGCUGUGGCCCGGAAAGUCGGACGUCGACCAGCUGUACCUCAUCCGCAGGACGUUGGGCGAACUUAUACCAAGGCACCUGCAGAUCUUCAAGACCAACGACUUUUUUGCUGGAGUCAGCAUUCCCGACCCUGACGUAGUCGAAUCACUGCAAUCUGCAAUACCAGCAGCCGUGGACACAUUCGGAAUAGAUUUCUUGAAGAAAUGCCUGGACAAGGACCCUGCCAAGCGGUGGACGUGCGAGCAAUUGCUGAAACACCCGUACCUUAGCGAUUGCAAGGUGCCCGAGGUGGAUGUCGAGGACAACGUUCGAAUACGAAGAGAAAAGUCUAAGAACGGUGCUCAACACCACUCUCUGUUUCCUCACCUUCCGGGUCACUCCGGAAGUGGCUACCCGACGCCGGACGUCCGGGCCUCGCACUUGCACUCUCGACAUUCCCAGCCGCUGCAGAGCCAGCCGCACUCGCAGCAGUCGUCGUCGCGCAAGUUUGACCACCUACCGAACAUCUGACGCCUAGGUCCCGGGACACUCUACCACUCGGUCCCCAAGUCCUUCACCGGAUGGUCCUGGAAGUAGUCCCGUGCGUGAGGCUGGCAUAAAUCUCUCCUUGAUGUGCUGUAUCGUUGCUACCGGCUCGAGCAGUAUGUUGUCGUGUGUAUGGGUUAUUAGUGCGUGCUGAGAGAAUGGAAAAACUUUGUGUGCCGUGGCUUACCAAGCGGACAGCUUCUUACAGCGAAGGUGAACUGGUGUGGCAAGGCGGCUUUGUUGGUGCUGUUCUUUCAGUGUCAUGGUAAGAUGUCAAACGUGAAAUAUUAUUAGUUUCGCAGCCCAGAUUGAUUGAAGUGCACUUAUUUUCCCAAUAAUUUGGACACAGUGGCCCCAUUCUGUCAGUGAAGAUGUCUGUUUGCCGCUGUGCUUGCUAGGUGUGUAGGAAGGAAUGAGUAAGGGUCCGAAUUCAUCAAGCAACGGUGUAUGUACGAGGCAGUACAUACAUCGAGCAAUAUAUUUGCAAAGAAUGCUUCAUGCCAGCGGAAAAGCGGCGCAGCUAUGUGAUAAUGGAAUUGUAAUAACACCACUGAAAUAUGGGUUAUAUUGUGCCGGCUCUUUGAGCACAUCAUUGCGAUAGCCUCCCCUGCCCCCAAAUAAGGAACAUUGAGUCCUCGCACUGCAUAUAAAUUAAUUACUCAAUUGAACAAAGGGUCGUGGAAUGCACCGUGGAUAGUUUCCUAACACAACCGCUUUCACCGGCCACCAGCUGCACUGGAAGAUCACGCGUGAAAGCAAUAGAACGGAUCCCCUUAUAUUUAAGUUGCAAUGUGUUUCCUGUUCACUUUGCUAUGUGUUCCCUUCAUUACUAUGUAAGUGUUAAUAUGGAUGAAUGUUAACGGAUGGGAAUUUUCUGCACAAGUGUGUAUCUGCGUCAACUAACGCUUUAUAUGGUUCGAUGUGGAUGCAUUCCUAUAAUGGUUAUUCUGGAGGACCUUUUUCUGUGAGUUAUCCUGUCCUUUAUGUUAGCUGCUAUUUUCAUGAUUUUAUCGCAUAACAAUCACUGAGAAACGAUCACUGCGCUUCACCUGAGUGUAUGUUUUCAGUACUUUAGUGAAGUGGCCUGGCAUGAUCUACUAACGGGACUGAACUGCCUUCUUUGUAUAUCCCUGUCACUCUGACGCACGGGCCUGUCACUCUGAGUUUUUCAAGGACCUUUGAGCCUAAGAUUCUUUCCUUCCAAGGUGGACAAGCGUUGUCACACACGGGCACGUCAAAGGUGACCUAGUUGAACGGAGCUUUGACUCUUGUUCGCAGGUGGUAUAUACAUAAAAAGCUUUUUUAUGCCUAAAAAUAUUGAGCUUUUCUCGGUUAAAAAGGAACAAGUUUCACGGUGAGCGAGAGCCACAAGGGGAGGAUAUGGCGGAAGCAAUAGCGAACGGCCGACGCCAGCUACCUACGCACUGGCGCACAGUGUGGCCAGCGCAUCACGACCAAAGCAUCCAUAUUUGUCUAAGUUGCGAUAUUAUUAUACAGAUAUCUCGUUUUUCAGCUCCAAAAGUAACCUUCAGAAAAUAAAAUUCGGUAUGGGCACAUUUCAACGCAUAUUGGGACACAAAGUUUUUAUUCGCUUACGGGAUGAAUUACGCGCCAACUGCACGUGGAGGUUUCUGGAGAAUUAUUCGUCACAGACCGUGUGUCACUGAUACGACUCCCGUGAACUAACGCUCCCUUGAAAGCUUUACGCCCCUUUACUUCGAAGGAGCUUUGGUAUGCCCGUGUCACACGGUAGUAAUAGACUUGUGCGCGGAAGAAGCAAUAGCAAGGACACGAAGAUGGAGGGGAUGUGUACAUUUAGAGUUUGCUGGUGGAUGUGGCUGCGUGUUAGCAGGCGCGAGAUUAGCUUUGUAGCGACUGAACGACGUUUUUCACAUUUGAGGUCGGCUAGGAAAGCUACUUUCAUAAAACGGUGAUUUACCAUAUUCACGAGCGUUUUCAAUGGGAGGCUUAUUUCCCGAAAGAUUUUAAGCAUUUCACACUGAAUGUAGCAGAUGGCCCAGACGUUUCGUUUAACCAGAGUCCUUCCAUUUUUUGGAACAUGGAAGGACUCUGGUUUAACUAAACAAGGACGAAAACAACGUUGGUUCUUAAGUGGUAUGUAGGUAUAGUAUAUAUACCCUACGUGUAUAUAUAAGAGCUAAGGUGUAGAGAGAAGUUAAACAGGGCUUCGAUCUUCAAGGUUGUAUGCUCUGUUCGUUUAGAUAUUCAUCCCGUGAAAUGCCCAAUGUAAUAUCCUAAUGCCAACGCAGGCUUGACGCUCUCCUACCACUUACUGAUGGCGAAGCGAAUUUUUUUGAGAUAUAAAUGAAAUAAAAUACGUCCUAUUACUCCAUGGAAAGAGAUUGACUGGGAGUGGAGAAAUAAUAAAACUUUCAAGUAACAUCAUAAUCUCCGUUGGCCCGUUUUCACUUCUGCUGACGGUUGAUAUUGAAAAUAUUCUCCGCAGAGCAUUUUACUGCAGAACUCUACUUAGUGUGGAUGCACUAGAAGCGUCAUGUCGUUUUCUGUGGUGAUUGUGGUGAGUUUUGUGGGCAUUUUAUUUGUAGCUACUAGCUCGAAAAGGCCCGAUAACAACGUCACUAACCGACAAUGCUCAUGAAUUCUAUUUUACCUUUAAAGUGCGGGAUGCUUUUUCCAAUGUCGCCGGAAACUGAGACGAGUGCACUUCUAGAAGACUGUGUUUGCUAUUACUGCGUAAUCAAAUAAUGCACUGUCCCUCUUUGUGCUGAAAAAACGAGUGCUUCAGUGAGUUUGUUUCAAUAAACUUUGCUUCCAAGAGGUGAAGAAGCAGAGCA